AUGUACGUGUUGAGUCGAGGACGCAGUGUUCCGCAUCUUGUAUCAGCUGAACCAUUGCGUCGCUUCCUCCUCCAUGCGGAUGAUGAGCAAGACAUGGUGGACAUGGUUGAGAACGAAGGAAGCGGAGACGUCCAUGAGCGAGAUCUUCUACGCAGAGGCUCUCUCAUAAGACCUCCCUUCUGCCCCAUCACACUCAAAUGCACCAGAGAGGUGGCAGGGUUUAACAAGUUGAGUGAAGCAUUGAAAAGACUCGAUUUCAAGAGCGGGAUUAGAGAUAUCCGACGCUUUAAUUACAUAUCCCGAUUGAUGGAGCUCCUCAUCGUCCAGAACCUUACCAAUCUCUCUGGUUGUGCCCAGAGAGUUCUACUUAAUAUGCUUGAGGAAGUUACGCACCAUGUUGCUGUGAGUCAGACAAACAUCCAUAUCCUGCAGAAGCUAGUGGAGGACCUGAGAAAAACUCUAUACGAGUACUACUGCUGGGGUCGGCCAAUAGGUAGCACAGCUCUCUGGUCUCAGCACUGGCAGACCAUUGACCGCAUUGCACAGGCUGCUAAUGCCAUUCAGAUCCAGCCACCUGAUGAGGACUUGAUUCCCAAGUUUGGUGAUCUUCCUCCUGAGUGUGUGAGGGAAAUCCUCCUGCGCCUUGCCUGUCACAAGGACCUUGAGAAUGCAGGAAGAGCCUGUGAUACCAUGGGAAGCCUAGUGGAGGAGCAGAGAAUGUGGGAGCCAUUGUGUCAUUUUCACUUUUCUCCUCAGCAAAUUGCUUUUGCCAUGAAGCAGCUGAAAAUUGAAGAUCCAAAGCAAUGUGAUUGGAAAAUCCUUUAUCAUAAACUGAAGAGGUACCACUAG